AUAUUUUAAAUUCGAUUUCAUUUUCAAAAUUUCAUGAAAUUCUUACACAUGUUUUAUAUGUUUCCCCUUGGGUGUUACGGAAUUUCUUGAAUUAACAAAUGGUAACACAUUCCAGUUACAACGGACACACGAUGAUUUACAUUUUCAAAUGUAAUUACUGGACCGCAGCAGGCUUCUUCUCCACUAUAAAAUAAUGUCCCACGUUCAAAAUAACCUCUCUUACACUACUUUGAACUUUUCAUCAUGUUUUAUUUAAUUGAAUAACAUUAAAAUAGUACACAGAAGUUCAAGUAGAACUGACAAAUUAUGUUAAAAUAUGUCACUAUUACCCUGACAUUAAAUUGACAAUGUUAGUUUACAAAAUUUCCGGAUGCCAAAAGACCCAUGUGGAUCUAUAAACAUAACUAUUAAAUAGUAACUUUUACAUUUUGUUAUAAAUCAAAUGCAUAAUUUGAAUUAAAAACAAAGUUAUUAUUUCUAAUGUUUAAUUUAAAAUUCCAAUUUUAUAUACUGACAACACUGUUAUUUUUCUGUUGCUUAGCAACGCCAUAAAUACAAACACAAACAUUUCGAAGUUAUUGCGUUAUAGAAAUCAAUACAGUCAUCGAAAAGGCGAUAAGUAAAACCAUGGUGGAGACUGAUUGGAGGCAGAUAUUAAGUUUCUCUCAGAAGGAACUGCUUCAGGCAGACAAGGAGGAACUAUGCGAAAGCCUGUCAUGGAUGGAAGUCGACGAUAUUGAGUUAAACUUUUCCGACUUAAAAACUCUCUUCAGAUUGGCCCAGGAUAUUCUUAAAUAUAAAAGUGAACAGGUUAAAAAUGUCCGAGGAGAGCUAACUAGUAUUAAUAGGAAAAAGAGCAAAAAGAAUUUACGUAACGAUACAGGUGCAAGUACCGACAAUACAUUGGAAACCAUUUCACACCAAGAAGAAGUGAUUAAAGCAAACAAAGAUAUUCUGGAACAAUUGUACGCGGAUAUAGCUGAACUAGAAAAACGUAAAACUAAAUACAAAGACCAAUCCAUGGAUAUUGACAAAGAUAGUGAAUCAAGUCCGGACGUCUUAUCUGAAAUAGAUGCUAAAGCACAACUUCAAAAUGAAAUCGUGCAGAAAAACAAACAUAUUAGAAAGCUACUUGGAUAUGUUAAGGUAUUGGAAGAAGAAAAUACUAAAUUUAAAGAAAAAAUUACAAUACUUAAGGAUAAACUGAAAGAAGCGACAAAAAUAAUAGAAGAUUUGACGGAACAGUUGCUAGCUUCAAGUAAUGAGUACAAUCGUAUAAAAGAAACUAUUGGAUCUUUGGAACUAACGAAAUCGAAUUUGUUAGACGAAAUAAGUACACUAAGACAAGAAAUUCUUUCUAAGGGCAUUAAAACAGAAAAUGUCCACGAAGAUGCUAAAACAAAAAUUCAACACUUGAAGAAUUUACUUAAAAAUCAACGAUUAGAUAUAGAAAAAUUCUCAACAGAAAAUAAAAAGCUAAAAGAAGAGUUAAACACCAGAUCAGCACCUAAACUUGCGGAAGAAAAACAAGAAAGCCGUAAGGAAGAAUUACGAAUAAAAGAAUUAGGAGAUAAACUUGCAGAAGCUUCUAAGGAAAUAUUACGUUCGGUUAAAAUAAUAGAUGUUUUAAAAACUGAAAAUAAGCAACUGAAAUCAUUACUUGAAGAGACCCAGAAUAUUGAUUUAGAUGUUAAAAAUGAAAGUGACGAUGGAAAAGAACGUAAAAUGAUAAACGAGUUGAAGAAAAAAUUAAAAAAACUAAUUGCGAAUCUACAAAGUACAGAACAAAUGUUACUUAUGAGAGAAAAAGAGGUAUUAGAAUUAUCUUCUGAACUCAGCCUCUUGCAAUCCGAUGAUGGGAUAAAUACUUUGAUGAAAGCAUUUAAAAGUAAAAAGCAACAACUUGAGGUAAAAGAUGAAGGUAUUAAGUCUUUGGUAAAAGAUAUCAAUAAUCUCACUCAAGUUGUGAACGAUUUGCAGGUUGAAAAUGAAACGAUGAGGAGACGAUUUAAUUUAAGUAAAGAUGAAAAAAUCUCAACUGAAGGCAUUUUACUUGAAUAUCACAACUUAAAAGAAGCAAAUAAAACAUUAAGUAAAGAAAAUCAAGCAAUCGAGAAUGAACUGGUAACGCUAGCAAUGAAAAUUCGAGAACAGAACGAAAUAAUAUCUAAAUAUGAAAGAUUGAUCAUAACUAAGGAGCAGAGUAUUUCAAACAAUAAUAGUAACACAAAGAGAAAGAACAAUGAAAAAUUACAAAGCGUUGAAGGAGAAAUAUUAGUGGAAGGAAAAAACGGAGAUGUAAAAGAAAACGGAAAUGAAGAUAUCAACGUUCAAAUCCUUAUUGAAGAAAAUGAAGGUCUACGUAAAGGACUUCAAGAAAUAUUCAACUUUUUAAAAGACAAUUGUGAGAGUUCAACAGGAGUUUUAGCUUUCGAAUGCCCCAGUUUAGAAGCUGUUUUAUGUGCCUUAGAAGCCCGACAUGCUGCUGGUUGGUUUGCUCCUCACAUCGCAACCACUUUGCAACUAAAAGCUGCCUUAGGUGGCAAAGAUGCCCUAUUAACAGCUCUGCAACAAUCAAGAAAAGAAGUAUUUACUUUAAUGACCCAGUUAUCAAAAGAAUCUCAAAAGUGUGCCGAAAUGGAAUCUAAAGUGAAUGAAUUAGAAAGCAAAAUGAAGACGAGACCAGAAGUAAAAAGAGAUGAUUAUAAUAACAAUUUUGGUAUUUCAAAUGCAUACAUUUUUGAUGCCGAAAAUAAUGAAAUCGAUUUGCAAAAUAAUGCAGCAUUAGAAAAAGUAAGCUUAAAUCGAAAUUCUUUAUACGAUCAGGAGGUUAAAAAUGCUCUCAUAUAUUUCCGAAGCAAAUAUGAAAUGUUAUUUGAUAAAAUGACAGAAAUUGCAAUAAGCACAUCAGACGAAAAAAGCAAAUGGUUAAUUCAAGAAGAAAAUUACAAAGCCCAAAUUGAAAACUUAAAAAUGUCAAACAUUACACACGGAGAUGAAGAUAACAGUGAUAUUUCGGCUGGAUUAGUUAGUAGCCCUAAUAUAUCGUUUUUAGAAAGAAAAUGUAUUUAUCUAGAAGAAAUAUAUAAGAAUAUUAGAACAUCUUACGAAAAUAUCAACAAUGAGAUUCUAGAAAAUAAAAAGGAGAAAUUAAAAUCUACUUUAAAAUUUGAAACGCAAAUACAAAACUUAAUGAUAAUAAUCGUAAAUCUUACCGAAAAAAUACGGUGCUCUAUGCCAGAGGAUUUAUUUUGGAAACAAAAUAAGAUGCUUAAUGAAAUCAUAACAAAAUAUCGACGACAACUAAACUCGGAUUUAAUGAAUAACGAAUCAAAUAAAAGCAAGAACUCGAAGAACGAUCAAAUAAAUGCCAAAGAGACAGCUACGAAGAUAUCUCAAAAUUCAAACAAUAUUAAAAACCAAGGCAAAAAUAAUGAUUCUAAAGCAGAAAUGACAGCUCCUCAAAACCUUGAUCAAGAUGGUGGUCCGGAGUUAGAAACAAAAAACAAACUAAUAGAAUUACUCUCUAACAAGAAUACAGAAUUACAAGAGUUACAAGCUAAUAUUAUUGAUAAUACUUUAGCAUCAGAAACAAAGGAGGAAAUAAGUUGUUUAAAAAAAACCUUACACCAAUUAAAUGAAGAAAACAAACAGCUGAAAGACAAAUUUCUUGAAAUCCAAACGCAGUACGAUGUCGUCAUGUCUCAGUUACAACAUAAUGGAUACAGUCGAUUAAACUACGAAACAGAAAUAAACUUGUUAAGACAUCAAAUACUAGAUCUACAGUCGGUCGGAGAUAACAAAGCGGUUAUUGCACGGUUAAGUAAUGAAUUAUUGGUAGCCCAUCUACAAGCUAGUGAAAGACAUCAAAAAGCGGAAAGUCUCAAACAGUAUCUAAAUAGAGAAAAAGAAAUGCGAGAAAAUGCAGAUGAAGCAUUAUUAGCUCAACAAAAGAUAUUAGAAAUGCUAACAAUUAAGCAUGAAAAUAAAUUCAGAUAUAUGCAUGAAGUUCUACAAACUCUAAGACUGGAAUAUCAAGGAGCUUUACCUUUAACUUCUGCUGAAAAUUAUCUUAACGGUUUAAAAGAUCUCUCGGAUAAAACUAACGUUAUUGAUGAAAAAAUUACUGAAAUCGAAGACAUACGAUUCAGUUUAAUGACUAAACAUACGGUUUAUGAUCAAAUAUUAAAUUUAACAAGCGGAAAUUGUUCUGAAGAUAUCAAGAAUUGCCCACAUAAAUUACAAUUAACAGUAUCGCUCAACACUCAAGCGAGAGAAUUAGAACAUUGCAAAAAUAAAAUUCAGGCUUUGGAAAAAGCAAACAAAACCUUAUUAGAACGAUGCAAUGCUCUUGAUAAAACUCUCGUUACCGUAAGCCACGGAUUGACGGAUACUUACAGUGAAGUAAAUAUCCCGAAAGAGAAAAAUAUCAAUAUUAUUAAGGACAUUGACAUUGAAUCUGAAGACUCGCAGUCUGAUUCGGAUAUUGGAUCGAGUACCAAAGAAAGUGGAACGUUUACCCUUCCAAAACCACGAACAACCCAAUUGACACAUCAAAUAAAUUUCAAUUCCAAUGAAAAGAAAUCUGUAGCCACUUUAACAAAUUUUCCUGAGAUAAAAUUUAUAAAUUCAGAACGUACAAAUGUGGCUAUACAAACGAACCUUGCAAAUAUACAAAGAAUUAAUAAACUAAUUCAAACAGAAAACGAUAGUAUGCCAAGUGAAUUAAAACAACAUAUACAUAAACUUGAAAUGGCAAAUAACGAAACAAGAAAGAAACUAUCCGAUUGUUUAUCAAAAUCAGAGAAACGUGAAAAAACAAUUGUAUCAGUUAACGAAGAAAAUAAAGCCUUAAAUAUUAAAAUACAAAAUCUUGAAGAGACAAAUACAAAACUAACUUCACUUAAUGAGCAACUUCAAAAAUCUGCUGAAUUGUUAAGAAGAGAAAUUGAAGAUUAUAAAAAAUCACAUGUAGAACAGUGCAACAAAAUUAGAAAAGCGGCAAAGGAAGAAACGCAAUCGCUUUUAGAAAGUGUUCAGAGUAUAGAAAAGGAAAAGAAUAACAUUAUGUCCGAAUAUAAACAACUAUUAGAUAGGGAAAGAAAUGACAACUAUGAAAAUGUUAAAACAUUAAAAUCAAAAAUUGUAGCUUUGCAGACUGAAAUAGACAGAAAAGCGAGUACUGUGGGUGGAUGCAUUGAUGAUGUUGCUAAACAAAAUAUUGCAAAAUACACAUUAAAAAAUGCAGAUCUAGAAAACAAGUGUUUUAAAUUAGAAAAUAGUCUAGAAGAUUGUAAAAGAGAAGUUGUUAGUUAUCAAAGUGAGCUCCAGCGUUGGAAGAAUUUAGCAGCAGAAAGACUUGAAAAAAUGGAACAAAUGGGUCUACAGUUAAAGGAACGACAUAAUCAUGAGGUUGAAUCAUACAAAGCCGAAAACCAGCAUUGGUUGAUGCAAUUAAAUGAAACUCAGCGCGAGCACAUAGAAUUGCGCACACAACUUUCGGAACAGAAAGCGUUACACGUUAAACAAUUAGCGGAAAAAGAUUCUCAAAUUGAACAACUUCGAUCAGUCGUACAUAACUUGAAGACUCAAAUAAUGAAUAUGCAAACAAUGAUAUCCGUACAAGAUCCAAGCUUCGAUCUUUCGGCUAUCGUAGAGGUUGAAGAAGCGAGCGACAUUUCACAACAAGGCUCUGACAGACUGGAAAUAAAGUUCGAUUCCACCAUCGAUUUUCACGACAUGCAAGAUGAUUUUACUAAAAUGUCGACGUCCACCAUGAUUUGGCAAGAGCCAGUUAUAGAGCGUUUGAGAAGAGAGAAACAACUGCUCGCUAAACAAAACGGUGUAUUGCGUCGGCAGAUCAAAGCUAUCGCAGCAAGGGAGAGAAGAUCUCGAUUAGACGCCCAAAAUCUCAAGAACCAAGUAUUUAGAAUAAGCACAUCGGGAAGCAAAGCGGUGUGCGCGGAGUCAACGGCGCUGCACAACAAGAUAGCAACGCUCCAGGCGCAGCUAACUAGCGCGCGACGAGACAACAACUCCUCUGUCGCACUCUGGGACAAAUGGAAGAGAGCUCAACAAGCGUCGGAACGAUGGCAAGCACGAUACGAAGAGAAAUGUCAAGAAGUUAAUAAAAUAGAAGCCGGAUUGAACAUGGCGCGGUCUGCUGUUGCAAGACUGGAGAAGGAAAAACGCUUGCUCUUGUCCAGAUUAUCUGAACCUAAAAAUGACAAGCUGUCUGCGAGAGAGAAACAAGAUGGAGAAGCUUCUGAGAAGCGUAUGUCUCGAAGCGAAUAUGAUCCCAACGAGAUGCAGACAGUGCCGGUUUCGACGCGAGCGUUGCUUGAACGGAUAGAAGCUCAACAGAGACGCAUCGUGGCACUAGAAGUCGCUGAAAAAGGUAACGAGCCGCUAGUUUCCGAAUACGAAAAAGCUCUUGCAGAAAUAACUUCACUGAAGGGUCAAGUAUUGAAACUGGAGUCGACCUUACUUGAAACACAAAUACGAUCUCCCUACACACAAGAAGUUAAACCAGAACUGGAAUAUUGGAAGAGCUAUUGCAACAUGCUGAAGGAAGAGAACAGUCAGUUGACACUGCGCGUUAGUUCUCUAGAAAGCGCGCCCGCCACCGCGCAUCAGCACCGCGUCAACGACCUCGAGCAGACCGUGCUCACGCUUAGAGGUUUGGUGAGCAAACUGCAAGCGGAACAAAAAUCGUCACCAACGAACAUAAAGCGAGUAGAUUCUCGACCAACUAGCGGCCGCAACGGAUCCGAUAAGACUCGAAGUCAGCUAGAGUCGUGUAAAACUGAGAUAGCAAAUUUGAAGAAAAGUAUACAAGAGAAAGAUUCUCUACUUGAACGCUCUAAAGACAUGCUGAGGAUCGCCGCUGAAAGAGAAGAUGAGUUACUAAACGAGAAUGCAUUUCUACGUCGACAAUUAGAAGAGUUGACGGAUUAUAAAAGAGAUUCGGUAUCGGACUAAUGAAUCUUGAUUUACGACAUAAGCGUG